UCGAAUGCAAAAGGGACGAUAUCACAGACAUUGGGUUCAUUGACCCGAACACAAUGCAUGUCAAAACCAUAGAUGAUCCCCUCUAUAACAAGGAUACACCGCAGACUUUGCUAAGGUUUUUGAAGCGACAACGUGACAAAAAGCUAAUACUUUGGCCUUACAACUUCGAGUUUCACUUUAUUCUUCUCGUCAUCAAUUUGGAAAUUGGAGAAGUUGAAGUCUUGGACUCACUAAGCAAAGAAAAGGAUCUAUACGUGUCUUGUUUUUUAAUGCUCAGAAGCGUAUGGCAAACUUUCAUCAAGGAAGAUACGUCCCGUGAAUGGCCACCGAAGCUGCGAUGGCGUGCGAAAAAAUGCCCGCAACAACCUCCGGGGACCGAUCUCUGUGGAUUCUUCGUUUGCGAGUACAUCCGCAGAAUUGUCAACGAGAGAACGAAUAAUGAAAGAAAUAAAGAGUUGGCAAGAAAGCGGAACAAGCUCUCAAUUGAUGACCGCUUCAUAGCAAUAGGCGAGGAAUUGGCGGGAUUUUUCCUUCGGGACGUCAUACCACCACUCGCAGAGCACCACAAUGAAUGAAGAUGUACAUGUUACAUAUAUCGUUGACUCGAAGAGUACCACUAUGCUACAUGUAAUAGACAUAUAUAGAGUACGCCUCGGAGAGCACCACUAUGCAUGAAGAUCGAUCUUCAUGCAUAGUGCUACUUAAUUUGCGAUCUCAUGCAAUAAC